CAUCUUUAUUUUUUAAAACCAGAAAACUUGGACUUCAAUGGCUCUAUUUUGUUGCUUGUUCUUGUACUGGAUCCAUACCUUCAAUAAAUCACAAUUUAAAAUUCCUUAUUUGCGCUUUGUCUUGUUAUCUAUAAAUUUGUAGCCGUCCUCGCCCUCUCUGUGUUUGAGAGUGCUCUUUGCUGCUGUUCAGUAAGAUGAGGUUCUUGAGCUUCUGUUUUUUUAUUAUUUGGGUUCUUCAGGUUGCUUUUGCGCAGCCCACCACCGAUCCUAGUGAAGUGAAUGCACUCAAUAAGAUGAUAGAUUACUGGAACUUGAGGGGCAAAUUGAAUAUUACUACUGAUCCUUGCGUCCAAAAUGCAACUUGGUCCAAUGAAAAUGCUAAUCCAAGAGUUCAUUGUGACUGCAUUGGCAACACCUGCCACAUAACUCACCUGAAGAUUUAUGCUUUGGAUAUUUCUGGUGAGAUACCCAGUGAACUGUUUAUGCUUAAGGAGCUAAUGGAUUUGAAUCUGGGUCAAAAUGUAUUGAAUGGGUCUAUCCCUCCUGAAAUUGGACAGUUAUCAAAUAUGCAAUACCUCAGCCUAGGCAUCAAUAAUCUCACAGGUCUGGUGCCUUCAGAGCUUGGAAAUCUGACCAAGUUGCUUUCUCUAAGUUUUAGCUCAAACAAUUUCCUUGGACCAUUACCCAAAACCCUGGGAAGCUUGACCUCCUUACAGCAAUUGUAUAUUGAUAGCAGCGGAGUAAGUGGACCAAUACCACAAGAAUUUGCAAAAUUGAAAUCCCUUCAGAUUCUCUGGGCAUCUGAUAAUCCCUUUACCGGAAAGCUUCCAGACUUUUUUGGGACUCUUACAGAACUUAGGGUCUUGCGAAUUCAAGGUACAAAGCUUGAAGGUCCAAUCCCUAGCAGUUUUAGUGCUCUUAACAAACUGGAAGACCUGAGAAUUGGUGAUCUUAGCGGUGAAGAUUCUUCUCUUGAGUUCUUGAAAAAUCAAACAAAUUUAUCCAUAUUGAUCUUGCGGAACUCUCUAAUUUCAGGACAAAUUCCAGAACAACUUGGAACUUUUUCCCAGUUGAAACUACUGGACUUGAGUUUCAACAAGUUGACAGGUCCAAUUCCAGAUUCAUUUCAAGAUUUAACUGCCCUACAAUAUAUGUAUCUUGGGAAUAACAACUUGAAUGGGGAGCUACCUGCAAAUAUCAUAGGUCCACAGCUUAUUGCAAUAGAUGUCUCAUUCAAUCCUCUUUCUGGAAAUUUGCCACAAAAUCUUACCAAAGUUGUACCAUCUACGAUUGUUGUUGGGACAUCCAUUAAUGCAAAUGGCUUGCAGGACAACAAGGUUUCUGGGAUGCUGCAAUGCGUUCAAGAUGAUUUAAAAUGCAACAACAAACUUCCAUCCUCCACAUUCUCCAUCAAGUGUGGAGGCCCUAGCCAAACGUCUGCAUCUGGCAUUGAAUAUAAUGAUGAUUCUGAAAUGCUGGGAGCUGCAACACUUCUCACAAGCUCUAACAAUAUGUGGGCUGUGAGCAAUGUUGGGAAUUUCAUCUCCAAUCCUGCACCUAAAUAUAUAGCACAGACAGAUUCUCAAAUCACAGUAACUUUGGAAUCUGAGCUCUAUAAGACAGCAAGGAUAUCAGCAAGCUCACUGAGGUACUAUGGUCUUGGGUUAAAGAAUGGGAGAUACAACGUUGAGCUUCACUUUGCAGAGAUAGUAAUGGAUGACAUAUCUCAGUCUUGGAAGGGUCUUGGGAGGCGCAUCUUUGACGUUUACAUUCAGGGGAAGAAAGUUCUCCAGGACUUUAACAUUCAAAAAGAAGCUGGCGGAUCCAAAAGAGCUUUGGUUAGAACCUUCGAGGCAAAUGUGACAAAUACCGUCAUGGUCAUUCACUUUUUUUGGGCUGGGAAAGGGACUUGUUGCAUACCGUUACAGAGCACAUAUGGACCUUUAGUGUCAGCAAUUCAUGUUUCUCAAGUCUCUGAUGGUACAGACUCUUCCAAGCGAGACAAGAAGCAUGUAGGAAAAGUUGUUGGGAUUGCAGUAGGAUGUGCAGCUGCGCUUGUGAUCAUCAUCUGUUCUGUAGUAUAUCUAUGGCGGAUAAGGGAUUCUCACAAACACAUCCAAAUUCUCAGAGAUCCACUUGGGAAAUAAUAAAUUUAUAUAAUUGUGGUUUUUGGCUUUCAAGAGAAAAGUUUUCUAAAUAGAAGUUCUUGUUUAUUUACUCUGGUGAUCUGAUGCUUCCUAACAUAAUUGGAAGGUUGGGAUCAAUGAUGCUCUGUAAAAUGUAAGGAUGACAUAUGAAGAAUUGUAUGUUAGAAUUGUAAAGAUAAUAAAAGUUUGGUUUCAGUGGCCCUUUCUACUGCUUCU